AUGGGGCGUGGGCAGCUUGUCAGUUACCGGGAUCCCGGCAACGUCCGCAGGGGGAGCCUGCGGCGUGGAUUCCAGGUGUACAAGCAGGUCUGCUCCGCCUGCCACAGCAUGGAGUACCUGGCCUUCCGCAACCUCAUCGGCGUCACCCACACGGAGGAGGAGGCCAAGGCUCUGGCCGAGGAGGUGGAGGUGCAGGACGGCCCAGAUGAGAACGGGGAGAUGUUCAUGCGGCCCGGCAAGAUCUCUGACUAUUUCCCCAAGCCCUACCCCAACGCCGAAGCAGCACGAGCUGCUAACAAUGGGGCGCUGCCCCCCGACCUCAGCUACAUCGUCAAUGCCCGGCAUGGGGGCGAGGAUUAUGUGUUCUCCCUCCUCACUGGCUACUGUGACCCCCCGGCCGGUGUGACGGUGCGGGAGGGGCUGCAUUACAACCCCUACUUCCCGGGCCAGGCCAUUGGCAUGGCCCCCCCCAUCUACAAUGAAAUCCUGGAGUUUGAUGAUGGCACCCCAGCCACCAUGUCACAGAUUGCCAAGGACAUCUGCACCUUCCUGCGGUGGGCAGCGGAGCCAGAGCACGACCACCGCAAACGGAUGGGCUUGAAGAUGUUGAUGAUCUCGGGGCUCCUGACCUCCCUUCUCUUCUACUUGAAACGCCACAAAUGGUCUGUACUGAAGAGCAGGAAAAUGGUUUACCGGCCCCCCAAAUAG